AUGAUGGAGAAUUACGAGCUCAUCGCCUCGCUGGGUUCUGCAGGCCCCAAACCGGAAAUGAUCUGUAAAAUGGAGCGAGGGGAAGAGCCACAUGCCACCGCUCCCCAGGGCGAGAGGGACAGAGGAAUCCUGGACGCCCCCAGCACAGCUGGCUGGGGAAGGCGUGUCAAGGAGGAGCUGUCUGUGGAGGGCUACAACGACCAGUGGGUGCCACACACGUCGCUGGCCGGGGGAGCCGAGGGGUUUGUGCUGGAAUAUCCUGCCCUGUGGUGCGAGGUGAAGCAGAGGGACCUGGCGGGAGACGCCCCCCAGCAAUCCCCGGAGUGGGAGGGGAGGGACGGUGCGUUCCUGGGCGGCACACUGGCCAUGAUCCACCCGGGGAGCGAGGGCCCCCUCAUCUGCUGCGAGUGCGGGAAGAGCUUUGAUGACGAGGCCUCACUGAGCGCCCACCAGCGCCUGCACCCGGGCGCCGGGCCCCACGAGUGCCGGGCCUGCGGGAAGAGCUUCCGCCACCGCCGCAACCUCUUGACCCACAAGAAGCGGCGGGGGAAGAGCCGGCACGCCUGCACCGAGUGCGGGAAAAGCUUCUGCCUCAAGGGCGACCUGCUGCGGCACCGGGCGGGGCACGCGGGCGAGGGCGGCCACGCCUGCAGCCUGUGCGGGGAGAGCUUCCGCCACAAGAGGAACCUGCUGGCCCACAGGAAGGAGCACGUCGGGGACACGCCCCACCGGUGCCCCGAGUGCGGGCAGAGCUUCGGCGACCCGGCCAGCCUGGCCCAGCACGAGGCGGCGCACCGCGAGGAGAGGCCCUUCGUCUGCGCCCGCUGCGACCGCAGCUUCAGCUGGAAGGAGAGCCUGAUGAUCCACCAGCGCAGCCACCCGCAGGAGCGCUCCCAUAAGUGCGCCGACUGCGGCCGCAGCUUCAGCCGCAACGGGAACCUCCUCAUGCACCAGCGGGUGCACACCGGGGAGCGGCCCUACGCCUGCCCCGAGUGCGACCGCACCUUCUGCAACAAGGCCAACCUCAUGGCCCACCGGAAGCUGCACCGGCGCUUCAAGCCCUACGCCUGCGCCCAGUGCGGGAGGAGCUUCAGCUUCAAGACCAAGCUGCUCCUCCAUCAGAGGGCCCACGGGGACGAGCAGUAG